GUCACUUUUUUCUCUGACGCUCCGUUUUCUCAAAACCACGAAUUUUCCUUCUUCCCUGCACAGAGGUACAAGUGUUUGCUCGGACCCUUCAUCUAAGGAAAUUCUGCGCAUUGGGUCUUCCUCACGCUCAUCGCAGGCCCCUGUUCGGAGCUUUUGUGCCUGUUCCGUAAACUCUUCUCCCCGGACAGCGUGUACUAUCUCGUGCACAGUCAAACCAAAAAAGAAAAGAAAAAAUACACUCACUCCACUCCCUCUAUUCUUCUCUUUGCCAGCCAUCUCCUCCGAGCUGGAAGGGACGCGCUGCAAGACGUGGUAUUCUGCAAAGAGAGAAGUGCGAGGAUCCUUCUCUGAAGGUUCGUAGAUCAACGCCAUGAGCGGCCGGAGUAAGAGCUUGGAGGGCGCGGGUGUCUUGGACGAUAGCGCAACGGCAGACACAAGACCGCCGCCAGACGACGAGCAGAGGUCUCGUAGCCGUCACAUCGCGUUGAGCAGAGUGUCAGGCCUGCAGCUCAGGCUCGACACGCCUAAAGGCCGCGGCGUCUUCGCUACCCAGCGCAUCGCCUCUGGAACCGUAGUCGACAUCUGUCCCGUCCUGAUCCUCAGCCAGACCGACAACGAACUCGUCUCUCAAACAGCAUUGUACCACUACUCCUACAACUGGCCGGUCCAACAACCCGACGGCAGAAUAGUCCAGCACCAAGCUAUCAUUUUUGGAUUGGGUUCCAUGUUCAAUCACUCCACACGAGAUCAAAACGUUGUUUGGCGACGUGAUCUUGAGGCACAAACUGUGGUCUAUACCGCGCUACGCGACAUCCAAGCCGGCGAAGAGUUAUGUAUAUCGUAUGGGUCGAACCUGUGGUUCGAGGAUGCAGACGAAACAACGGAUGUCCCCGAAUCGGAAACAGAUCUUUUGGAAAGUAUAGAGAUAGGCGGUUAGAACAAUGAAUAUCAAGAUGAAGCAAUCUGAAAAGAAGAUGGACCUAAGUCUUGAUUUUCAAACUGUAAAGCAACAAAACCGCUGCACGAUGACUCUGUUCGUAGUUCCACCCCUAGCUACCGUCACCGCCGCUGUCACCACAGUAAUACAAUACGUCUUUCGAUAAUCA